AUCCAAGCAUGAGUGAAGACAAUAAUUUCUCUUCGGCCAUUCAUUAUUGGAAAGGCAUACAACUUUCAAACCUACAAAAAGAACUGGACCAGCAGGGUCUUGCCAUUGUAGAGAAACAAAAAGAUGGUCUAGUUUCCAGAAAGAAACUAGCAGAACAAACUAGAGAAUUUAAAAAGAUUCCUGACGAAGAAAAGCUUCAGAAAUUCAAAACUCUUUUAAAAGGCUAUCAAUCCGAAAUCGAUAACAUUACAAAACGCACAAAAUAUGCAGAGAGUUCCUUCUUGACAGUCUACAAAUUAUUAGCCGAUGCACCUGACCCUGCUCCGUUGUUUGAAGCUGCUGUUGAUCAAAGCGCUAAAAUGGUAGACCAUACUGCGCUUGCCAAUGAAAAUAGCGCUUUAAGAGAACAGCUAGAAAAAGCAAAUCAAUCCAUCAAACACUAUGAAGCUGUCGAAAAGACCAAUCUAGAACUUGUACAAAAGAUAUCUACCAUGGAAGCUUCGUUGACAGAAAGAAAGUCAAAGGAUACUAGCAAUUUGGAGCAAGAAAUGAAAGAUCAAUACAGUGAUAAAAUCAGACAAUAUAAAGAACGUGAGCAUGACCUUCAAAAAAGAUUAAAUCAAGCGUUGGAUCAAUUGACUGACCUCCGUCAAUCUCAUGAUGAUACGCAAGCACAACUAAUUGGUCAUGAUCAAAAAUAUGAUGAGGAAGUCAUUGGUAAAUUGGCUGAAUUGGAUAUGGUCACGAUGGACCUGGAACGAGCCAAUGGAAGAAUCAUUCAAUUAGAAAAGAAAGUGGAUGAUUUAAAGGAAGAGAAUUCAAAGUUACAGGAAACAAGAGAUACAAUCGAAGGCAAUACAUUAGCAAACGAAUCCUAUCAACACGAUGCAGAAAUCUCCAAGCUGAUAAAGGAUGUGGAAACAUACAAGGAUUUGUUUAAAAAGACGGAAAUCAGACUUUCUAAAAAAAUUAAAGAUUUGACACUGGAAGUUAAAUCAUUAGCAGAAGAAAGAGAUAGUCUUAAAAAGAAGGUCAAGGGAUUUGAGGAUUAUGAUGAGAUUAAGCGAGAGUUACAGAUCAUGAAGUAUGUCGAAUUUUCUACAGGUGACGAUGAUGAUGAUUUUGACGCCAACGAUGUUCUUAAAAGAGACGACCUUGAAGAUAGUUUGGAAGUUCGACUUAUGGAGAAAAACAAGAAGCUCGAAAAUGAAUAUACCCAGAUCAAAGUAUCUUUUGCAGAUCUUCAAAAGAAUUACGAGACCAAAUCAAAAUCACUUGUUGAUUUAACAAACAAACUCAAUGACAAGAUCGCAUUGAUCCAACGACUGGAAGAAGAUUUACUUCGUAUCGGUCAACAAUCAAAGGAGUCUAAUAUUGUGGAUUCACUUGGUAGAAAUUCAUCUUCCUCCAACUUUAGUGCCAUGAUUUCUAGCCCUCGUACUCCUGAUGGUGCCAUGACACCUCAUAUGGAUAAAAAUGGUAAAGAAGACAAGAGCAUUUUACCCAUUGUUAUGAGCCAACGAGAUCGUUUCAGACAGAGAAACGCUGAGCUAGAAGAACGUACUCGUUCAUUAGAGACAACCUUGCAAGAUACUAGAGCAGAGGUUCAAAACCUAAAAGCUGAUAACCUCAAGCUAUUUGAGCGUCUCAAGUUUGUUCAUGUUUGGAAAGAGCAACAACAAGAGAAUCCUAGUUUGGUGAACCGUUCUGUUGCCUUAAAUAUGGAUACAGCGGAAACAUCUACCCGCAGUUUUAAGAAAUCCAAUAAGUCAGACGAUCCAUCCGACAAAUACGGAAAGAUAUAUGAGGAAACUAUGAAUCCAUUCACACAGUUCCAUCGAAAGGAAGAGAACCGCCGUUACAAUGCACUGAAUCCAGCAGAAAAAUUAACGCUCAACCUCACGCGUAUUUUGUUCUCGCAUAAAUGGUCUCGGUACUUUUUCAUUGUAUACUCUUUACUACUUCACCUUUUGGUGGUGGUUACCUUGUAUCAACUUAGCUUAUGGGAGUGCAGACAUGAUCACGAUGCUAUUCAAUUCCCCACUAAUAAUGAUGAUGCGACCAUUAUCCUGAAGAACGAACCUUUUGUACAAUAAAAAAAACAUUGUUUUGAGACCCAGCUUAUUUAUAUUAGCCAUGACAAUUUUAGAUCAUUUAAUAAUACGCCCAUGCUUUCUAAGCUGUGACAACUAAUAUGCAUAGAUCAGCAUCGAAACUCUCCCGAAAGUGGUUAAAAAAGACGCCUUCUUUUGAUUAAAUUUCUGUCCAUCCAAUAUAGGCGAUAAAGUUCAACAUCAGCUAGUUUUAAAUCUCAAUUUUGGGAAUAUUAAGUUGAGCCCCAAAAUUAACCUCAAUUUCUUCA